AUGAGUAAGAGAAUUCUUGCUUCAAAGAAUAUAUCUUUAGAUAAAAAUUAUGAUAAAGGAGUUUCAAAUAUUAAUGAAGUUAUCAACAGUUGUAUCGCACCAAAUGUUACAUAUAAGUAUGACCAAAGAUGGUAUAUAACUGAGCAAAAUAAGAUGGGUCCAUUUGGAUGGUUUGAUGGAAAAUACACUAUUCCAGGUUGGAGAACAAUGCAAAUGGCAUACGAAUCUUUUGAUUUUGAUGCAUUAGAUUCUAAGAAGUUAAAUAAUGGAACAUAUUUAUUAACUUUAGAGUAUUUCUUACCACUCAUUGAAACUUUAAAUGAAAUUUUGCCACUAAUUGCUCAAAGGAUUGCAUUUUCUAGCAUAUUUAAUUCAAAUAAUACUGGAUCUAAUAAUUUAGAUCAUGUUAAUGAUCAAGAUCAAUCUAAUCAAUAUGAAUCUUCAAAAUAUAUACAAGAUGCUCCCACAACAUGGAGUAAUCAUCGUCAAGAUGCAUAUUUAAAAUAUAGAGCCAAUUUUGAGCUUAUCCCAGCACAAGAAAUUUAUUGUAUUAAUUAA